AUGGCAAAAGAUGAUAACAGCGUACGCAUUUUUCAGGGCCUAUUGAUCUUGGGCAAUGUGGUCAUUGGGAUGUGCGGUAUUGCCCUGACAGCAGAGUGCAUCUUCUUUGUGUCCGAUCCCCAUGGUCUCUACCCUCUGCUGGAAGCUGCAGAAAAUGAUGACAUCUAUGCUGCUGCCUGGAUUGGCAUCUUUGUUGGCUUUGCACUCUUUUCUCUGUCUGUCCUUGGCAUCAUUGGAGUCAUUAAGUCCAACAAGACCUUGCUGCUGGUGUAUAUCAUUCUGAUGCUGAUCACUUAUGCAUUUGAAAUGGCUUCUUGCAUCACAGCGGCAACUCACCGAGACUUUCUCACUCCAAAUCUCUUCCUCAAGCAAAUGCUGGAGAGGUAUCAGAAGCUAGAGACAGACAAUAACAAUGACAAAUGGAUGAGUGAAGGGGUCACAAAAACAUGGGAUAAUCUCAUGCUUCAGAAUCACUGUUGCGGUGUGCAUGGCCCAUCUGACUGGCAGAAGUAUGCAUCUGCUUUCCGGAGUUCGUACAGUGAUGCUGACUACCCUUGGCCACAUCAGUGCUGCGUUAUGGAUGCCCGAGGGUCUCCCGUGAACCUGGAUGGCUGCAAGCUUGGAGUGCCUGGCUACUAUAACAGUAACGGUUGUUAUGAUGCUAUUUCUGGGCCAAUGAACAGACAAGCCUGGGGUGUUGCUUGGUUUGGUUUUGCCAUCCUUUGCUGGACUUUUUGGGUUCUCCUCGGUACAAUGUUCUACUGGAGCAGAAUUGAAUACUGA